CGCACUUUAAAUUUUACACAUCAUUUACAUAAUUUCUAUCUUUCUAGUAUAUUUAACAGAUUAUACAUAGAAUCCAGAUCUUUAAAUUAUUUUUAAUUUUUUUGUAACCUCAUGUAUGAUUUUUGGUGUUGAUUCCUAGCAACUUGAUGUGUGGGUGGUGUUUGUAAAAAACUUGUUCGCUUACUUAUAAUUUUAUUUAAAUGGAGUUAAAAUUAACUUUAGUUAUUUCUAUAUAUAUUUUUUUUAAAUGUUGGUGCUCUGUCACCUUUGAAAAUGACUUAAAAUCCGACGUUUUGGACGAAAACGGUAAAAGCAAGGUCGAUUAUACACACCAUAUGCUACAGUUGUUUGAUAAAAUUGAUUUGAAUUCUGAUGGAGUUCUGAGUAAGUCUGAAUUGGACUCUUUCAGUUCAAAGUUGAGCAAAGUCAUAUCGGAUAGGCAGCUGGCCAAUGAAAUGGAAACAAUAGAUAAGGACAAGGACGGAAACGUGAGUUUAGAUGAGUUAUUAGCAGCCUUCUCGAGCGAGGUUGGAGAAGAGGAUGCUUUAAAUAACAAAGAACCUUUAGUAAGGAGAUUCAAGGUGGCUGAUAAGAACAAGGACGGCUUUCUUGAUCUUGCCGAACUCGGUGACCUUAUUAACCCUUCCAGGAGUCCUGAGCUUUUAAAAUUGGAAGUGGAUGAUGUUCUUGAGGCCCACGAUUCUGAUCAUGAUGGUAGGAUUUCUUAUGAAGAGUACAAAAAAUACCGAAAUGAGGACGGUGAGGAUGAAGUUCAAUCUUCGAACGACUUUAAGCAGUUUGACAAGAACGGAGAUGGUUAUUUGACCAGAAAUGAACUUGAGGAUGUUUAUAAGGAGGAGGAAGAGUUUGAUAGCUUCACUAUGUACGACGAUGUCACUUCAAUCGUCGGCUCUUCCAAUUUAACUCGUGAAUUAUGGAAAAAACACUCAGAUGAGCUUUCUAGAUCUUCUGUUACUGAUUUCCAGGAGGUUCUUGAGCAUCCUGCCGAUUACGGGCUAACCUUUGAAGUGCCCAUGGAAACUCCAGGGACUGUCCAUGUAGAACUAUAAUUUUGUAACACAAUCA